UUAUUUUGAUUCCUCCCGUGAUGCCUUCACACAAAAGCGGAGGGGUGUCAGUUGCCAUUCAAAGGCUGCAACAGGAUUAUCUUAGGCUAACCAGGGACCCAGUUCCAUACGUAGUUGCACACCCACUUCAUUCCAAUAUGUUUGAAUGGCAUUACGUUGUCAGUGGUCCCCCAGACAGCGUUUAUAGUGGCGGAUAUUAUCACGGGAAAUUUAUUUUCCCAAAGGAUUAUCCUUUUAGGCCCCCCCUUUGUCUUUCCAUGAGCGAUUUUCAUCCCGACACUUGGAACCCGGCGUGGUCAGUGUCGACCAUAUUAACUGGCCUCCUCAGUUUUAUGCUUGAGAACACGCCAACGAUGGGCAGUAUUAAUACCUCAAAUGCGGCAAAGAAAGUUUUCGCGAGGGAGAGCGGUGAAUUUAAUUUAAAAAAUGAGCUCUUUGUUGAACUCUUCCCCGACUUGGUAAAGGUUAGUUAA